UACAUAUUAAAGAAAAUAAUAAUGAUGAUUUUUAAAAGUUUUUACCUUUCAUUUUUCAUAUUUUUAAUUAUAAAUAAUGUUAGGACAGAGGAAGACUUUUGUUCAAUUAAUUUUAAAAAAGUUGUGAAUAAAGUUAGUGAUAAGUUUUUGAGUUUCUCUAUUGACCCUGUAGUUCUUCUGAGUGGUUUUAAUUUAAGUGAGUCUUCUCAGCAACUAGCCAAACGUCUCGCUCCAACUUACGUACGAUUGGCUGGACCCUCAACGAAAUUUGUUAAAUACAUCGACAACGAAUAUGGAACUGCUGAAAACAAUGACACCUCCAAAAUUAUGGUUACUCCUUCCAUGUGGUUCGGUGUUAAUGAAUGGUUAUACCAGGCCAACAUAACGCCUGUAUUUGGCAUCAAUGAUUUGGAAACAGACAUGGGAGAAUGGAAUCCCCAAUCCACUUUGCCCCUUUUAGAACUUUCUGACAAGUUCAACGUCAGUUGCUAUUGGCAAUUAGGUUUCGAUUGUUCCAACAAAAAUGAAACCCAAUACAAAGAAGACUUGACAAAAUUACGAAAUGUUUUGAACACAUUUCCUGAUAAAGCAAAAACGUGGAAAAUUGUUGCCAGUGAUUUCAGUAAAUGUCAUUCACUCGAAUAUUUGGAAAACGUGCGGAAAGUCAUUCAGGAAAUUGAAAACCGUGCUGAUGUCGUGGUUCUUGAACCAAAUGAUAAAACCGGACUAUAUGUUAAGAAAGAUUUACUGCCUAAACUAAUUCAUUCGACAAACAGUAAUUUGCUGAUGUGGAAAACAAUUCAAAAAGAUUCCAAACCUGUCAGCUUUUCUUCAGCUAUUAGUUGGUGUCAGCAACUGGGAGAUGCUGCCAAACUUGGUUAUGACGUGAUUUUGAGACAACCCAGAUAUAACGAAUUGUUUUCUAUUACACCUGUUUAUUGGGUUAGUAUUUUAUACAAAACCCUGAUGGGCAGAGUGGUGUUGGAUACCAGGAAACCAUUCUCUUCCUCAAAAUCUUACGUAUAUGCUCAGUGUUCCAAAAAACAAAACGAUUUCUUAAGAAGAGGAGCAGUUACCAUAAUGAUUGUAAAUAAUGAAACAGAAUCGUAUACUACCAGCUUUAGACUUGGCAAUCCAUACAUUAAAUCGGUGGAAAUACAAACUUACAUAUUGACCUCCACUAGUGAAGAUUCGAUUGACAUAUUUUUGAAUGGUGUUAAACUGGAAGAAGACUUCCUUAAAGAUGAAAAACUAACAUUCCCAUCUAAACAUCGCAGAGCAAAUGCUUUAAAACCGAUUUCUUUGGAGGUACCAUCAAAAUCCAUCGGAUUUUUCGUUUUACCGAGUGCCAGGGCAUCAGCCUGCAUACAAUACGAAGGUGUCGAGGAUCAACUGAUAAAAGAAAUCGACGAAGAUCAGCAAAUAUCUUUAUCCCGAGAGAUUGUUGAAGCCGUAGAACCUCGUGGCAUGUUCAACUCCCUCAAGGAAAUUCAAGAGAUGUUGGAAAAAGAAUUGCAGUCUGACGAAACGUAUUAUAAAAGUAACAGACAAAAUAAAGUGGACUUUAAUAUACUGAAAUCCAGAUUGCUGAAGCCUCUUAAUCACAAAUUAACUGAGAACAAUUUCGGUACUAAUAAUCUGAUAUUGGAUAAGUUAAGGAAACCAAAACAAUCAGAGAUUGAUUCAAGAUUAGAUAAGUUACUGGAAGAAGUAAACUCACUUAAACAAUCAUUAGGAAACGAUGUGCCUGUGUUCAAACUAAAACCAAAAUUACAUAACUUAAGUAGUUCAGAAAUGUCCAGGGUUAUGAAAAAUAGGGCAAGACUUAUGGCAGCCAGGAAGAAUAUCGUGUUCACCAGCAAAGAAUUGGAUGAAUUAGUUUCUAGAGGUCAAAAGAAACACUCCAGGAUGUAUAGAAGCGUUGCUGAUCAAUGGGAAGAUUUAAAAUGGAAGCUGGAAGAGAAACGGGACGAAUUUUUAAGUAAAACAAACGAUUUAAAAGCAAAAUGGGAACAAAACAAGAACGUGAUGUUAAAGAAAGACUUUAAUUCAAAGCUCCUCUUAGAUUUAGAAGAACUGUAG